AUGGAGCUGGAGCGGGCGGCAGGAUUUCAGUUGUCGGCGGAGGGGCGGAGGCGCAUGGCAGGCGUGUCGCGGGAGAUCACGAAGGUGCUGAGGCGACAACGAGCGAAGAACGAAGUGCGCUUGCUACGGUCUGUUUCGUGGUGUUGGGCGCAGUUGGCGUUGUUCAUGCAGAGCGAGUUGUCAAAGGCUGAGUUUGCGAGACUGGAAACGGCUGCGCGGAAGACGGUUCAGGCUCCCGCGGAGAUGCCGGGCUGGCAGGUCUUGGCCGUUGGUCUUGACAAACGCGCGCUCUACACGGACCUCAGCCGCUGGCUACGGCCGGUUGCGUCCGAAGGACUGCCGUUGGGCUGGAUUUGCCGCGACCCGAUCUUCUUCGACUGGUUCCCCCGCAACUUGGGUACACUCCCUGGCAACAUGGACCGAGUAAUGGCCGCCACUGAGCUAACCCGCCGCUUUGAUCCACCUGUUGACGACGUCCAGUGGAACAAACCGAAAGGUGUGCCCUUCGCCGUCGCCUUGCGCAAAUUCUGGGGCGAACUCAUGUUCGGCAAACUUGUGCAUAUCUGGAGGGUCCGCUACAACCCGCCUCCAAACACUUCCGACGAGUGGCUUGUCAGCUGCCUCUUCUGCGCCGCUAGAGUUCCUGUCAUAAGAGUCGCGGCCUUGUACCGCAAAAUCUGCCAGGACUCCGGCUUUCAACCGCCUCAGCUCGAGCCUUUGUCUCAGCCGGAGCUUUUAUCCCAGCCGAGGCCUUUGGCUCAGCCGGACCUGUCUCCGCAGGAGGACCCCACUGCUGGUCCGGAGACUGCUGCUAAGACCGAUGUUGCUUUGGAGGCAAGGACCGCCUUUUUAGAGCGUCGGUACACCGACGCGGGCCGGCCAGACGCGGUGGAGGCGGCUAAGAUAGACGCAGCUGCCAUCCAGGCGGACCUGGUGGAGAGAAGGACUGCUUUAUUGGCGCGUCUAAUGAGCGGGAGUGAUCCAUCAGAAGAGUCGAGUCUGUCGGAUCCAAGAGUGUCGCAGCUGACGGAAUUCGUCUACGGGUGGCUGCAGACGGUCUUGCGGGAAGUGAACGGGAACGGAGUGGUGUUAGUGCCCGUGAACUUUUCGAUGUGCUGUUGGCGCUGGUUGCUGUUGGCGGGUGUUAUGAUUGAGAAGAUGGACGGUGACAGAUUGCAAGGGCUGUUGAGUCAGGCGGAGACUGUGAUCCCUCGGCCCAAGAACGUGGGGAAGCAGUGGUACUUAGCGUGUGUCUUGGAGGAUCUGAUUUCCUCUUCUCUCAUGAAUAUUUGGCUGUCUGAUGUGUUCAAUCUCACCGAGCCAAAUUGGUACUCCCGUCAAACACUCUACGUGGAAUAUUUCCCCCAUAACCAACCAGUUAGCCUUCGGCUAGGGCUCGAGUCGACGAAACUCGUGUCUGCCGCCUGCACGGCCAUGCACUGGCUGGCAUGUGGGGAAACGAUGUACCACGAACGCAACAGGUUCGAUGAGAGGAACCUGACAUGGAUUGAGACCAAACAAGAUGAACCCGCAAAGCAAAUUCCUCUCGAAUUGGGGGAGCCACUAUUCAGGGAGCUCGUUGGACUAUGGAGGGACCUAAUCCCAGCCCCAGAGACCGUAACAGACUGCCAGUACGUCUCCUCCUUCCUGAAGCUGUCCCCCAUGAGAGCCAUACAAAGGAUGAACUGUUUCAAGAGCUGGAAAAAAAUUGGAACAAAAGCCCAGCCAAUCAUGUAUUUGUCACGAAAAAGAAACAAAGACGACGUGGACAUGCCACUGAAAAAACCGUGCUCGAGCAAUUAG